CUCAGUGUACUUGUAGCCUUUGUAGAGAGAGCAUGUGCGUCUCUCGGCCUCUCUCGCACAUUCUUUAGCCACCUGAGUUAUUUUUAUUUUUAUUUUUAUUUUAUGAAAUCGUCGCUGUGAGUGAUUUGAUUUAUAUAAGUUUAUUGAUUUGUGAAGAAAAGGAAGAGAGAAACUAUACCCGCACGUGCCUUGGAAAUACUUGCUUCAUUUCGCCUUCGUCUGCAUAAACUCCCACGAACGUGAGAACAAGAGGAACGGAAACGAAGAAAAAUCCGUCACGAGAACGCUGGAUGGAAGAGAGAUAGAAGAGGAAACAAGAAAUAACCAAAGAAGCCCGGCGCCCUCCUCCAGCCCCUGCCACUGCAUUCUCAUUUUCCGCCCCCUUCCCCCCAUUCAUGAUUUUUAAACAAUUAGCAACUAAAACUCCCAUUGACAAAAUCUUGAUCGCGUUCAUUCAUAAAUCCGUGUGUCGUCGGGAGGGUUGGCACACCUCAACCACCCUUCUUUCACCCAUUAUAUUCCCUCGCUUCAAAACUGGUCUUCCUCGUGACACAAGCAAAAACAUUAACAAAAUCAACCUCCAGUUAUAAUAGUCUGCUGCUACCUAUCGGGAGGAAUUUCGAAAAAGUUCACAUACUCGCCAGCCUCUAACUUCCUCUCCCCUCUUCUUCCUUCCUCCCCUCUUCCCGUCCGAGAUUUUCCCCAUCCCACCCCCCUUACUCCGUCGGGCGAACUGGGAUUUCCCUCCCCAUUCCCCAUUACUUUUAAAAGAUCGACUCAUCGCGUUCAUUCAUAAAUCCCCUGUCGCCCGGGAGUGUUGGCCUACCUCCCCCAGCGCCUCUUCCCCUCCCCGCCUCCCCAUUGCCCCGCCGCCAGCCCGGAUCGGCCUCCCCAUUCCCCAUUAAUCCAGAAAUCCUCCCCCCCGCCCGCGUUCAUUCAUAAAUCCCCUGUCGCGUCGGGAGUGUUGGCACACCUCCCCCCAGCGCUGUUUCCCCUCCCCCGCCUCCCUGUUCCCCCCUGCCCCCGCCGCCGCGCCCUCCCCACUCCCCAUUAAUCCCCAGGCCCCCCGGCGCGUGCACAAAUCCCCCCGGCCGCCCAUUCACAAAUCCCGAGGCGCGGGAGGGUUGGCCGCCCUGGCGCGCACUCCAAGAUGGCGACGAGCGGCAAGCCUCGCCACGGGCAGCCCAAGAACAUCUCCUCGCUCAUCUCGCGGCUCCACGGGGCUUUCGCCGAUGCCAUGGCGCCGCCCAAGCUCGUCAUAGACAGACGGACCCUAGAGAAAACCUGGAAGCUCAUGGACAAAGUGGUAAAGCAGUGCCAGCAGACCAAGAUGAACCUGAAGAACUCGCCUCCCUUCAUCUUGGAUAUUUUGCCCGACACUUACCAGCACCUGAGGCUCAUUUACACCAAAUACGAGAACAGUCUCCACACCCUCAACAAUAACGAGUAUUUCAAGGUCUUUGUGGAGAACAUGAUGCGCAAGUGCAAGCAAGCGCUACGCCUCUUCAAGGAGGGCAAGGAGCUGAUGUUUGACGAGAGCUCGCACUACCGGCGCAACCUGACGAAACUCUCACUGGUCUUCUCGCACAUGCUGUCAGAGCUCAAGGCCACCUUCCCCCAGGGCUCCUUUGCGGGCGACCAGUUCCGGAUCACCAAGGGCGACGCGGCAGAUUUCUGGAAAAAGUGCUUUGGAGACAGAACGGUGGUGCCUUGGAGAUACUUCCGCGACACACUGAGCGAGGUGCACCCCAUAGGCUCCGGGCUGGAGGCCAUGGCGCUAAAAUCCACCAUAGACCUGACCUGCAAUGAUUACAUAUCCAGUUUCGAGUUCGAUGUCUUCACCAGACUAUUCCAGCCAUGGCCAACGUUGUUACGCAACUGGCAGAUCCUAGCAGUCACACAUCCGGGUUACGUUGCCUUCCUCACUUAUGAUGAGGUCAAAGCCAGAUUACAAAAAUAUAUUAACAAACCAGGAAGUUAUGUGUUCCGACUGUCAUGUACACGGCUGGGCCAGUGGGCCAUUGGCUACGUGACGAGUGAUGGCAGUAUCCUUCAAACCAUUCCGCAGAAUAAGUCCCUCUGUCAGGCGCUCCUCGAUGGACACAGAGAAGGAUUCUAUUUGUAUCCCGACGGGCGGAAUAUAAAUCCAGACUUGUCUUGGGUUGUACAAGACACUCCAGAGGACCAUAUAAAGGUUACUCAAGAACAGUACGAGUUGUACUGUGAAAUGGGGUCCACAUUCCAGCUUUGCAAAAUCUGUGCAGAAAACGACAAGGAUAUUAGAAUAGAACCCUGUGGCCAUCUCCUCUGUACGCCGUGUUUAAUGUUAUGGCAGGAUUCAGAAGGCCAGGGCUGCCCCUUCUGCCGAGCAGAGAUCAAGGGAACGGAGACAAUCAUAGUGGACCCGUUUGACCCCCACAAACAGCACCGCACGCAAUCUCUGUCUAGUGGUCAGCUGAUAUAUAUGGAGGAGGAGGAUGAGGCUGCCCAGAAAGAUCAACACCCCCCCAUGGACGACGUCGCGACCACAGGCGAGAGCCGCGAAGCUUCCGAUGCCUCAAGGAGAGACAAGGAGAGUCCUAAGGUCGAGCAGCGGCUGUCGGGAGCCCCGGCGAGAGGCGCGAGAGGCGCGGCGGCCGCGCCAAAGAAGCGACUGACCGAAAAGCCCAAGUGGUAUGUCGAAAACCCCGAGUCGAACGACCCGCCGCAGAUCCCGAGCAGAGCCCCAGCAGGUGCCGAGCCGAGGCGCUCGUCGUCCACGCCGUCGCCCGGGGCCAAGAGGGCGGGCAAAUCCCUGGUCGAGCGUCCGAGGUCUCACGAGAUCGCGAAGACUGCGUCGCUGAAGGAGGCGAGGUGGUCGCUGGAUCUGCUGGCGGGGGAAAGACACACGAAGCACCGGCGGCCUCUUCCUCCGGUGCCCCAGACCGAUGACGGAGGAGAGGAGGAGGAAGAGAAAGGGCAAGAACGGAAAGAAGAGAAGGAGGUGACAGAGAGACCUCCGCCCAUUCCUCCUCUGCCUUCCUUCUUGCGCAACAACAAAAUGCCUCCGAGAUCCGCCUCAAAUUACUCGUCUCCCUCUUCCAGCUCCUCCGCUUGCUCCUCCCCAUCUCUCUCCCGACAGCUAGCGGAGGAGGAAGAGAAGAAACAGAAACAAAUGGAAAGAACGGAAAUAGUGGCAAAACUGAAGAUGCUGCUGCCUUCGUUCGACGACAAGGACAUCAGCGACGAGGAGGCGGCCCUCCCGCUGCCCCACGAGCUCGAGGGCAAGGACAUCAGCGACCUGAUGCGCUUCGUCGAGGCCAGCUGCGAGGACCGCGGCGCGUACCCGAACCUCGUCUACAACUACAGCGAGCUCCCGAACGGGUCGCCACCCCCGUCGCCGCCCGCGCGGGUCGACAGCAUGCCCCCCGGACAGCCCGAUUCGAACCACUCUCCUCCGACUUCGGGGAAUCCACCCUCGGGGAGCCCCGAAGAGGGCGGCGGGGGAGGAGCCAAGCCCAAGGAAGCCUCGCAGCCUCCUCAGCCGACGCGAAGGUUGACCCUGAAGAGGAAGCAAGCCAAGAGGAAGGACGAAGGUGCUGCGGCAGACGGUGGGGGGCGGGGCGAGGCCGCGGAGAAGGGAUCGCGGAGCCCCCUCAUGUCGCCCGGAGCCUCCCCUCGGGUCCUCAGGCGAGAUGACGUCAUCCCCCCGCCCCCCGUGCCCCCCAGGAAGGCCAGCCCCGCCCCCAGCCCCCCCUCGACCCCCUCCAUGCCGCACAGACUCGGCCUUCACGACCUCGACGACGAGGAGGAGCUCGAGCUUCCCCCCGCCCCCCCACGGACGCUCUCCUCCUCCACCCUCUCCACGCCCAUGGUCGUCAACGCGCCCGCGACGCCCAUCACGCCCAUGUCUCCGCCGAGGACCAUCACGAUCGUCACGCUCGACCCCAACAACGUCACGGUUGAGUCGUCGACCGUCGGGCCCACCAAGGACGGGGGGCCGGCCCUCAUCGGCGGCGGCGGAGUGCGGAAGCCCAGCGCGCCCUCGCCCCUGCGGCACCGCCCCCUCUCGGUGCCACACAUAGUGCCAAGGACCAGUAAGCUGAUGCGCGUGUCGGGCUCGAACCCCUCGCUGUCGUCCUCGUCGUCUUCGCCCACGUCGACGCCCGCCACGACGCCCACGCCCUCCGCCCCGCCCUUCCCCCCGCACUACCCCGCCUGCACUUCGUCCUCCUCCUCCUCCGCGCCCUUCGCCUCCGUCAGCCUACCCAGCUGCUCCUCCUCCCAGUCGACGGCGCAGCAGCAGUACCAGCGGCAGCAGGGCACGCCCACGUCCCCCCUAGGAGGCCCCCCGACCACCACGGCGCCGCCCCCGCCUGUGUGCCUGUCCUCGCCCGUCACCGUCACCUACACGCCCGUGCUCACCUCCGACGACGACCUGGCGAUCCCGCCCGAGGCCUCCACCACCUCCGCCACGUCGACCACCACCACCGUCACCACCACCACGUCCUCCUCCUCCUCCUCCAUAGGGUUCAGCUCCUCCUCCUCCUCCUCCGUCACCACAAGCGUCACCUUCUCCUCCACCUCCACCUGCUCCUCGUCCUCCGCGCCGUCGCCCGUCAGCGUCGUCAGCGUCGCCGUCACGCCCAGACCGAGGACGAUCCUGCCGUCGCACUCCUCCCUCAUGCCCCCCACCCCCUCCACCACCCCCUCCCCCUCGUCCCCUUCCUCCAUCACUUCGUCUACCUCAUCUUCGUCUUCGUCGGCCUCCAUCACGGGCGUCGCGGGGGGAGGCCCGGCGGACGUCGACAGAAGACCCAGCGGGACCAGUCACGCCGGGGAGCUGGAGGACAUCCACGAGGAGCCGCCGUACGAGAACACCACUCUGCCCCCGCCAGUUUGUUCAUCGACCGCGAGGAAGUCUGCGACGGACUCCGACCUUCCGAACUUCCCUGCGCCUUCUGCACCGCCGCUGGCCUUGAUCACGAAGUCUCUCUCGGCCGACAGGAGCAUGAACGUCUCUGAGGGCGCGGGCGAGGGCGAGGACGCCCACACUGCGUACGAGAACCUGCACAUGGACUACCUAGCGACGCUGACGCAGGAGGGCUUCGCGCAGGACGCCGUCAUCCGCGCUCUGGUCAUCACGAGGAACGACAUCGUGAUGGCCAGGGACAUCCUCAGGGAAUUCGCCUCCAAGAGAAAUUAGGGAGAGAGCGGGAAGGAAGGAUGGAGAAGGAGGGAGAAGGAAAGAGGGAAAAGGAAUGAGAAGGAAGGUUAAAAGCGCAGAUUUUGGUGGUGAUGGCGUAGUGAGGGAGAACAUAGAAAGGGCGGGAAGGAGGGGAAGAGAAGGAGUGAGAUGGAGGAAGACGGAGAAAGAAGAGAACAUAUUGUAAAAAGCAAAGAAGAAGAAGAGAGAAAGAGAGAGAGAGAGAGAGAGAAAGAGAGAGAAUACGAAGGGAUUGAUUUAUUGGUGAAGUACAGACUGAGAAUGGGAAAGAUAAAAGGAAAAAUGAACGAUGUUGAAAAUGCAAAGAGAAGAGUUAAAUAAUAUGUGAAGCGAAAGAGAGAGAAGGAUGGGGGAAUAUCAGAAAGGGAAAUAAAAUGCUAGAAGAUAAAUUGAAAGUGAAUAGUAAUAAAAAUGAUAAAAAAAAAAGCAAUGAAAAUAGUGAUAAUAUAAUUAUAUAUACGUAUGCCUUGUAAUUUAGCGAGAUGUGACAAGUGGUUCCCCCUCUGAAGACAUUACUGAAACGGGCAAGAAAAAAAAUAAAUAUUGUAAGAUAACAAAAUAAAAAGUGCUAAAGUGUAUAGAUAUAAGUAAAACGAGGAAUUUACAACCAAUGUCUAAGUGCUGAAGUGUCUGGAUCGUGUUAUUGUGAUCUUCAUUUGCUUUCGUCGUAAAAUCGGUUUUCUUUCUCUUUGUCUCUCUAUUGCCUCUCCUCUCCCCCCCUCCCUCCCCAAGUGAAUGCAAAAUAAGGAAACAAGUAUAAAACUUUUAGGGUUUUUAUUCCCGUUAAAAAAAGUGUUUUAACUAUGGUGCUCUCCGGAGAAUUUAAUAUACUGUUAUAGAUAUUACACCAAAAAUAAUAUAUAUAUACAUAUUAAAAACAGGUCAGUGUUGCGUUUUUACUUUAUUUUAUUAUUACUAUUUUUCUUUGACGAGGAGAACAUCCCUUUGGCGGGCGUUCGUUUUCCUUACAUGUAGAUUGUUGAACAGGAACCAAUGUAAUUAUAACUAUAUUUAUAUCUUAUUCUAUUUACUAGAAACGCGUACAAUCAAGCAUAGAAAGUGGUUUGUGUUGGCAUUCUAGCAUGUGAGCACAGAACCCUUGCGUUUUUAAUCAUGUAGUACAAUGUGUUCUUAUCUAUACUCUGACACGGAUUUAGUGUCGAUGGUGUGAGUUGCCAGUUCGCGGCAAUUUGUUUUUUGUGCCAAUUGUUACCUGAUAGGACAGGAAAUUUUAGGGAGGAAGAUAAAUAAAUAAUUAAAGAAGAACAAGUAAGAGAACAACGCGCAAUGAUAUAAGCAUUAACAAGUUUUAAAUAAUUAAAUCUGUACCUGUGACUAGGCAUCCCAGAGUACCCGUUGGCGGGCGAAGUGGGGGGAAAAGAGGAAAUCUAGGGGACAUAAAUGGGUUAGUUUUUGAGGGGAAAUAAGACUGGCGAGGCAGAUCUUAGGGAGAAAUGAAGAUUAUA